CCCCAAAUAAUCAAUGAAACAACGACUUACAACAAUGGCAACUGACAAAUCCAAUCCUCUCCUCAUUUCCCCUCUCCGGCUCCGGCUACUCCUCUGCAUCUCACCGCCAUGAACAACAGCACGGCGGACAGCGGCGGAUUUCUCUCCUCAAGCAACAUCGGCGGUUUCGGCUACGGAAUCGGUGUCUCCUUAGGGCUUUUGAUUCUCAUCACUACAAUCCUCUUGGCUUCCUAUUACUGUACCAGAAACAGCCUAUCCUCCACCUCCGCCAAUCGCUCGCCGCCGCAGACGGAGGAGCAAUUAGAAGCCGUCAUAGUCGAGAUCGGACUCGAUCAGGAGACGAUUACGAGUUAUCCGAAAUUGCUGUAUUCGGAAGCAAAGCUUCAGAAGAACGAUUCGACUGCCUCUUGUUGUUCAAUUUGUUUGGCCGAUUACAAAAACUCGGAUGUUCUUCGGCUUUUGCCUGAUUGCGGCCAUCUAUUUCAUCUCAAGUGUGUCGAUCCGUGGCUAAGGCUUCAUCCGACUUGUCCGGUUUGCCGGACCUCGCCGAUUCCGACGCCGUUGUCGACUCCUCUGGCGGAGCAAGUUCCAUUGGCGAGUCGGCGCGACUGAAGAAGAAGAAGACGAUCUGGAAUAAUUAAACCGACGUCGUUUUCGCCAUUUUUUUUUGUUUCAUUUUACAGAUUAAUUUCAUCGCGAUCGAUCGCUAUAGUUGGAAGUUCUCAAACUUAACCUCCUUCAAGGUUAACAUUUUGUCAUCUUCGUUUGAACGAUUGA